AGAAGUUCAACAUUACAAAUGAUUGGCGCCAUUGAAACCUCCCUUGCAUUUCAAUCCGUGUAAUAUUCACCACUUUGAGACCCCCGUGGAAAGAUAGGAUGAGUUCUCCGAUCGAAGCUCAGGGUGUACUGACUGACGCGCAGUCGUGAGCUUUGGAGCCGUUCGGUUGCUCGGAGUUAGCUCGCUGGCCUGGCCCCUCCGUCGAUCACUCGCACACUCGGGCUUGGGCUCGCUGGCUCGGCCUGGUCCUCGGCUCCACGCCGUCGCUUGGUCACGGCACCUGUAGCCGGGGAGAGGCAGCCGCUCCGUGCUGCGAGCCUUUAGCCGUGCAGAUCAGUCGACGGGGCAGGAACGAGUCCCCAUGACGCAAUUGAAAGAAUGCUGAUGUUUUCAAUUCUCCUUCUGCACUUUAUAAAGUUUCAGUGAGCACUUGAAGAAUAGUUGGGCAGAAGUAUGGAGCAAGCACAUGGCUUGCUAUUAAAUGAGGAGUUCUAUAGUAAACUCAGUGAAUCAAAGAAACCAGAGUUCAUUUUUGAAUGGCUUCAAUUUUUACAGAAACUUCUGGUGGCUGCCAAUAAGGCUGAUAUCAAAGAGAAGCAAAAGACGUUGGUGGAACAACUGACAGCCUUGUUGGAGAGCUCGCCGGGACCACCUGCCCGCAAACUGAUUGCAAAGAACCUGGCCUUGUUAUAUAGUAUUGGUGAUACCUUUUCUGUGUACCAAACUAUUGACAAAUGCAAUGAGAUAAUCAGGAGUAAGGAUGACUCGCCAAGCUACUUGCCGACCAGACUAGCUGCAGUUGCUUGCUUGGGAGCUCUCUAUGAACAGCUGGGACGAAUGCUAGGGAAUACACACACAAACACUGUGGGAAACUUGUUGAAAGCUAUGAAAAGUGCUGAGUCUCAAGGGCGCUAUGAGAUUAUGCUGAGUUUACAGAAGGUGCUGCUGGGACAAGGAGUUGCUGCUGUGCCAUGUCACAGAGAUAUCUAUAAAGCUGCUCGCUCAUGUUUGACAGAUCGAUCAAUGGCUGUCCGUUGUGCUGCAGCAAAGUGCCUUUUGGAACUUCAGAAAGAAGCUCUAUUUAUGUGGACCUCAGAAUUAGAGAAUGUUGCUACACUUUGUUUCAAAGCCUUUGAAGGUUCUAAUUAUGAUGUCCGUGUCUCUGUAUCAAAAUUGCUGGGAACAAUUCUGGCAGCAGCUGUAGUGCCUAAAGAGAGUCUAGGUGCAAGACAAGUGAUUCGUAAAACCUCACUGGAAGAAGCAAUGGACUUGUUAGCUUCUGGCUUCCUGCGAGGUGGCAGUGGGUUCUUGCGUGUCAGUGGAGAAAUGCUGAAAGGAUGCAGCUCCUUGAACCGGGAUGUUAGGGUUGGAGUAACUCAGGCUUACGUUACAUUUGUUUCAACACUUGGUGGUCAGUGGUUGGAAACUAACUUUGCUUCCCUACUUGGUCAUAUUUUGGAGUUAGUGUCCCAUCCAAAAGCUAACCAGACUCAAAUUGAUGCCAUUUGCUGUCGUCGUUGUGUUUCAUUCAUCCUUCGGGCCACAGUGGGAAGUCUACUUGGAGAGAAAGCUCAGAUUGCAGCAGCAAAGGAGAUCUGUUAUGCUGUGGGUAAACAGAAGAAAGCUGUAGAUGCUGUAAUGAGUGACAGUAAUGUGGAGCUGAAAGUGGGUACAAUGGAUAUAUCUGCCAGCCAGCAUGUGCUAGUGUGUGCUCUUCAAGAGUUGGGGAGUCUUGUACAUGCCCUUGGUUCUACUGCUGCUCCACUGCUUCUGGAUUCUGCCACAGGUCUGUUAGAUAAAGUCAUUUCAGUGUUGCUUCAUCCAAGUCUUUCUGCAAGACUAGCUGCAGCUUGGUGCUUGCGCUGUUUUGCAGUAGCACUGCCAUUCAAGGUUUCUCCUUUGCUGGAUCGUUGCAUUGAACGUCUGAAUGCUCUCCGAUCAUCCCCAGAGGCAGUAACUGGCUACAGUUUUGCAAUAGCAGCACUGCUAGGAGCUGUGCAACAUUGUCCAUUGGGUAUUCCUCAUGGCAAAGGAAAGUUGAUUAUGACUCAAGCAGAGGAGAUUUUACGUACAGCAAUCCAAAAUAGUCGCCUCUCAGUGCAACGGACACAGGCUGGUUGGCUUCUGAUUUCUGCACUCAUGACACUGGGGCCACCAGUCAUUCACCACCAUCUUCCAAGAAUUCUUCUGCUUUGGAAAAGUGUAUUCCCACAGUCCCCAAAGGACUUGGAAACAGAGAUAAAUCGGGGGGACUGUUUCACAUGGCAGGUGACAUUGGAAGAACGGGCAGGAGCUUUGAGUGCAAUGAAAAGCUUUGCACUACAUUGUGGAGAUCUAUUUUCUGAUGAUGUAAUUGAAAGACUUCUACCACCACUUAAAUCUGCUGUGGCUUUAUCAACGGAGUUGCCUUCACUUAACAAGUCUUAUGGAACUCCAAUGAAAACAGCAUCAAUGGUAUUUAGACAACGGUUAUAUGAGAUUUUGGCUUUGUUGCCACCUAAAACUUAUGAAGGAAGUUUUAAUUCUAUUCUGAAAGAGCUGAUUGCUGAAUUGACUCUGGCUGAUAAUCAAAUGUUUGCUGCUACUUUCUUGCUUCCAUCCCUCUGUCACCAGGAUGAUGCACUAUUACUUGGGGCCUGGUUACAGGAAACUGAUCAUCGAUUCAUUGAGGACCAGUUAAAGCUGGGUGGUGUUUUGGGAGGUGGAAGCCUUGAACAUGAUCCUUUUAAGAUCUAUGAAAGAUUAGCAGAUGGAGAACUUAUACCAGUUCCUCUUCCUCCAGUAUUGUCAGUGGUCAGAGCUGCAGUGGAACUUUUUGGAGUGAUAUUCCCUUAUCUGGAUAUUAAUCACAGGGCACAGAUACUGGAGCAAUUUAUCGAGUCCUUGAAGCACGCUAAAGGAGCAAAGCAACAAACUGUACAGAUAAAUGUCUUUGCUGCAUUCUGCUGUGGAUUGAAGAGGUUAGCAUGUAUGAAAGGAACCUUGGGCCCAGAAGAGGUGAGGAGACCUGCUCUGACUCUGGUAAUGCAUUCCCUGGAAAGUUCAAAUAUUCUUUUAAGAUGUGCUGCAGCAGAGACUCUGGCCAGACUGGCACAAGUGGUUGCCGAUAGUGCCUUCACUGCUAGAUUGUCGCAGAUGAGCUUUGAAAAGUUGAAAUCUGCAAGGGAUGUGAUUUCUCGCACAGGGCACUCAAUGGCCCUCGGUUCCCUUUACAGGUAUCUGGGAGGAAUUGGUUCACACCAACAUUUAAAUGCCUGUGUCAGUAUCCUUCAUACUUUGUCUCAAGAUAGUACUUCCCCUGAAGUUCAGACCUGGGCCUUACACUCCUUAUCAUUGUUAAUCGAUUCCAGUGGUCCAAUGUAUAAUUCCCAUGUGAAAUCAAGUCUGUCUCUCGUCUCAUUAUUGCUGCUGAGUGUACCUCCAGCACAUGUUGAAGUUCAUCAAAGUUUGGGUCGCUGUUUGAAUGCACUGAUUACUACAUUGGGGCCAGAAUUGCAAGGAAACAGCAAAUGUGUCCCCUUGUUAAGAACUUCCUGUCUAGUUGGCUGUGCAGUGAUGCAGGAUAAUCCCGAUUGUCUUGUACAGGCACAAGCCAUCUCCUGCCUCCAGCAGUUGCACAUGUUUGCACCCCGUCACGUCAACCUUUCCAGUCUUGUCCCCAGUCUGUGUGAAAUCUUAUUGGAUAAUUCUGUUUGGGUAAACCUUUGUAGUUCACACCUGUUGUUGAGACGGGCUGUGAUUGCAUGCCUACAUCAGCUUACGCAGAAGGAAGCUGCUGAAGUGCUUGAGUACGCCAUGACUCUUGGCAAGGAAUCCAAUAAAGGAAGCUGUAAACUUGAUGUUAAUAUCAGUCAAACUGGCCUGGAAGGAGCCCUCUUUAGUUUAUUGGAUAGAGAAUCGGACCAACAACUUUGUCAAGAUAUUCGUGAAACUUUAAGUUGCAUCCUAUCAUCUAUGGCAGUUGAAAAGCUUAGUCAUUGGUUAAAGUUAUGCAAAGAUGUUUUAUUUGCCUCAGCUGAUUUCACCACUGCUGCUCCGGUAGACACUACUCAGGAAGACGAGGAUGAAAGGGCUGAUGAUGAAACAAUAUUCACCUCCAAUAAAGAUGACCAAUUACGACCAAUGAUUGCACCACGCUGGUCAACCAGGGUAUUUGCAGCAGAAUGUGUGUGCCGAAUUAUUACCCAGUGUGAGAAGAUAGAUGCUGCUCAUUUUGAUAUGACUUUGGCUCAGGAAAAGAAACUGAAGCAUCCUCAAAAUGAUUUCUUGGUGAUGCAUCUCGCAGAUUUAAUUCGCAUGGCUUUCAUGGCUGCCACAGAUAAUAGUAAUGCACUGCGCUUAUCUGGUCUUGAAAUGUUACUUGUCAUCAUCAGGAUGUUUGCAAAUAUCCCUGAACCAGAGUUUCCUGGUCAUGUGAUCCUUGAGCAAUACCAAGCAAAUGUUGGAGCAGCACUGAGACCAGCUUUCUCUAUUGACACCCCACCUGAUGUUACUGCCAAGGCAUGUCAAGUUUGCAGUGCCUGGAUUGGAAGUGGAGUUGUGAGUGACUUAAAUGAUCUUCGAAGAGUUCAUCAGCUACUGGCAACAUCCUUGACCAAAGUACAAGCUGGGAAAGAAACACAGAAUCAGCUGUACAAUGAAAGUACCUCCACUAUGGAGAAUGUAGCUGUUCUGAAAGCAUGGGCGGAAGUUUACAUUGUCACAGUUGAAAGGCAAAAAAUGUGUGCACCAAGACAAAAGCAAUUCGAAAAGGUUGAAAGCUCUGCAGCUGAUGACUCCCGGGAUGCAAUUUCUGCUGGGGAUGGUCUUCUCAGUUUGGUGCAGGCAGAAUUGGGAACACUGAGUAAAUUUUGGCUGGCUGUGCUGCAUGAUUAUGCCCUUCUCACCUUGUCUCCAGAAUACACAAUUCAGCUUCCAGCUGGAGGUGGUGCCUUCUAUACCUCAGAAACCAUUGAGAGUGCAAGGCCUCACUACUGUAAAUCAUGGGCUCCUAUCCUUCAUGCUGCAGCAUUGUGGUUGAAUAGCACAGGCUUCGUACUGAUUGACCCGGAUGAAGGCUCUGCUUCUCUAUCUAGACCUGUAACUCCAACAAUGUUGGGUCAUGAAUCCAACUUGACAAGUGCAGUGAAGUCUCCAGAAGAUGUAAACACUGAUAGAUUCCAUCUAAUUUUAGGAAUCAGUGUCGAGUUUCUGUGUUCUCCACGACCAGAUGCACCAAUGGAAACCAUUGUAGCCUGCUUACGUGCAUUACAUUCCUUGCUGGAUGUGCUGUGGCCACGUUGUAAAAUAGGAAGCGAUCAGGAACUUGGAGUAGAAUUACUGAAUGUUUUGCAUCGUUUGAUUGUAACACGUGAGUCCCCAUUAAUCCAAUUGGCUGCAGUUGAUGUUGUGGAACAAAUUAUAAGAGCAGCCCAAGAGCAUGUAAAGGAGAAGAGGAGAAGUGCAGAAGUUGAUGAUGGUGCUGCUGAGAAAGAGACUCUCCCAGAAUUUGGAGAGGGCAGUGAUACAGGUGGACUGGUACCAGGAAAGUCCCUAGUCUUCGCAACACUGGAGUUGACACUCUCCAUCCUGGUUCGCCAACUUCCCCAAUUAAACCCUAAGUUAGUGGAUUCUCCGACUAGCAGUUCUGGGAAACCUCAGUUGUUGUCUGAGGACGGAAGUAAAUUAGUAGUCGCUGCCCUGCGAAUUCUCUCUGAACUCAUUUCAGUUUGCUCUCCUACAGGGAGUGUUUCUAUUCUUCCCACUGUCCUUUACCUAAUCACAGGAGUCCUCAAGGAAACUGCAGUAAGGAGGUUUGAUGGUUGCAUAUCUUCAACAGUCAAUGCAGCACUGCAGGCACUGAAGGCCAUUGUCUCCUCUCCCAUGGCUCGGGCAGAGAAGAGCCACGCUGCUUGGACCAUGCUUCUCCGCAGUGCUCUUGCAACAAUUCUGGAGUUUUGGAAUCCAGAGCUGAAUCACUCAGAUCUGGAUGAAGUGAGCAUGCUAACUGCCAUCAGUAUUUUCUUGAUGUCAGCAAAUCAAGAAGUCACGUGUGUAGAGUGUCUUGAAAAAAAAUGUUUUAACCGGUUUAAGAUAAUUCUUGGUUCUAAAAAUCCCGUGAUACGGACACAUGGCUACAGAUUGCUGCAGUCAGUAUUUCAGCAUCCUAAUAAAGCUGUGUCUACACCUUACAUCCACUCUCUGACCAUUUUGGUUGUGGAUGCGUUACGCAAGGUGGAAAAAGAGAAGCCAAGCACAUGUGCUGAGUUGCAGGCCGUGCUAGAAGGGGUAAAGACUCUGGAGGCUUUGGUCAAUUUAGCUGAUGAACAAAACCGCAUUUACUUGGUGGCAUUGCUUCUACCAAUUCUGAUAUCCUUUCUUUUGGAUGAAAAUGCUUUAAUAUCUGCUCCAAACCCAGCUAAGAGUUUACAUGAGUUUGCCCUCCAGAACUUGAUGCGACUGGGUCCGCAGUAUCCAGCUAUUUUUCAGAAAUUGGUGGGUAUGUCUCCAGGGAUGAAAGCUAGACUUGAAGGAGCUGUUAAGGGUAAUCAAGAGAGCAUCAAAGCAAAGAAAGCAGCUGGACAGUCAAAAUGUUCUGGGAAAAAAUCUCUGAGCAUUCAACUCAAGACUGAUUUUUCUAAUUUCUAAGAGCUGUGAAAUAGUUUGAAGACUCCUCGUGAUAGUAGCAACCAAAGUAGACCAAGUGAAGGUAAUUUAAUGUUAAUAUUGAAGAAGUCUAAUGGCAUAAUUUAACAACUGUUUUAUACUGAAUGAGGACAAAUAUUCUAGAGCUGUGUGUAUGUGUGUAGCUUAACAUUUUAAAACUUGAACAUCCCAUUUUUAAAAACAAGCAUUUAAUUUUUUUAGAAAGCACCUAUACAUUUCUAACAUUUACUGCUGUCAUAUUAAUUCUUAAUUCACCCAAAUGAAGUCUUAACACUGCUGUUGUGCACGCAUUUGUGAAAAUGAACUAACAAUUUGGUAUAACCUGUUAACUUAGACUUGAUCUCCGACUUGACAGAGAAGUAAUGUUGAAGGGAAUUUUAUGCAACCACAUUUGUCAUUAAAAGGCUGCUCUCCUAUUGCCAGAAAUUUAUAGAAUAACCUUAUGUAGGCACUGUUAUUAGUGCGAUUUAUAACAUGUAAAUUUAUAACCAGCUAACUUAUAUGAACUACAAUUGCACUACAAUGGUAUUAUUUUAAACAAACAAGAUUAUUAAGUUGUCCAGUGCUUUGUCUAAAAAGAAUCUCAACUAUAUUUAAAAAAAACUCAGCUUUAAUAAAUCUCUAACCACAAGUGUGGCUGUUGAUGGCACUCAAUUGCUUUCAUUUUUGCCAGUAAAAAUGAUAUUGCACUGUAAAGUGUGUAGUAUUUCUAAUGUCACAAUCUUUCUACCAAUGGACUAAUUUCACAGGCUAUUCUUACAGAAACCAAUCUGUUUACUAGCUAUUUUUAUUUUGCUUGGGCUUUCUGAAGUUCUAAUGUACUGUAUUAAUAGAUGACUUGCAGGUUAUGUAUAUAACACAACUGUAAAUUAUAUAGAAUUGCAACAUAUGCAUUAUUACUACUUUUGUAUUUUUACUUAAAUAAAUCUAAUUUCUUCA